AUGACCCUCAGCAAGAGCCCUGAGACCCAGAGCCCUGAGACCCAGAGCCCUGAGACCCAGAGCGCUGAGACCCAGAGCCCUGAGACCCAGAGCGCUGAGACCCAGAGCGCUGAGAUCCGGAGCGCUGAGACCCAGACACCUGAGACCCAGACACCUGAGACCCAGAGCCCUGAGACCCAGAGCCCUGAGUCCCAGAGCCCUGAGACCCAGAGCCCUGAGACCCAGAGCCCUGAGACCCAGAGCGCUGAUACCCAGAGCGCUGAGACCCAGAGCCCUGAGUCCCAGACACCUGAGACCCAGAGCCCUGAGACCCAGAGCCCUGAGUCCCAGACACCUGAGACCCAGAGCGCUGAGAACCAGAGCCCUGAGACCCAGAGCCCUGAGACCCAGAGCGCUGAGACCCAGAGCGCUGAGAUCCGGAGCGCUGAGACCCAGACACCUGAGACCCAGACACCUCUCUCUAGCCCUGAGACCCAGAGCCCUGAGACCCAGAGCCCUGAGACCCAGAGCCCUGAGACCCAGAGCGCUGAGACCCAGAGCCCUGAGACCCAGAGCGCUGAGACCCAGAGCGCUGAGAUCCGGAGCGCUGAGACCCAGACACCUGAGACCCAGAGCCCUGAGUCCCAGACACCUGAGACCCAGAGCGCUGAGAACCAGAGCCCUGAGACCCAGAGCCCUGAGACCCAGAGCCCUGAGACCUAG